AUGAGGUUUGUCCAAUAUAUUCCGACUGGAAUUCCAAACGAAGAUGGUGAGUUCCCGGGAAGGAACUAUACAGUUGGAAAAGUCAUACAACAACUGUAUGAUAUUAGGAAAGCUUCAAACCCCAAACUUGCAAUGACACUCAAAUUGCUUAUGAAUUCGACAUGGGGAUAUUCCAUUAAGAAACCUCAAGAGAUGAAGAGUAAACAUUAUGAGAAGGUCGACAACUUUGUUGAAAGGUUUUCUCCUUUUGUUUUGAAGUACGAAUUCACUCAAGGUCAAAGUGGCUUAGUAACCACAUUAAAACCUAUUGUCGAACAUUGGUCUUACCCUCAGUUCGCAAAGGCAGUCCUUGACAACUACAACAAAUUCUUCUCCGAAGUCAAAUCCAAGGUGAAGGUUUACUAUGAGAACAUUGACGCACUCAUGACGAACGAAGAAGGAUACAACAAACUCAUUGAAAUGGGAAUGGUCGGUGAAAAGAUGGGCUGUUUUAAGCUAGAUAAGGUAUUUUCCGAAGUUCAUGUCCUCUCCAAGCGUAAGUAUUGGGGCAUACUUGAAGACGGCACAGAAAUAAAACAUUGCAUGAAGUAA